AAAAGAAAUAAUUUUUUGUUUUCACUAGAUUCGUCUUUAAAAGCAAAAGUUAUUUAUUUUGUUUUUAAUUUUGUUUAUUUUUUUUAUUAUUUAAAAUGUCUUCAAAAAGCCUCCCCAUCGACAGUAUGGAAAAGUGGGCAAUAGUUCUGGGUCUGCCACACCAAAGCGCAUACAAUGCUUUGCCCAAAGUUGAUCGUCCAUUAGGUCUUCCGAUAAAUGCUUUGCCAGGUUGGGAAUCAAUUCCUCUUCAUUCGAAGCUGCCUAUGUUAAAAUGUCCCAACAAUCAAGUUAUAUUCUCAAAGAAUAAAAUUGGGAGAUCUAAGAAACAAUUUCAGCAUGAAAACUCAAAGCGUGAUUUUGAUUCAGUUUGUUUGAAUGCAAAAAUGGAUUACAAUCCUUUACAUGACCCUCACUUGGGAAGAUUCUAUUCAAAUGAAAAACUUUUGAAACGCCUUCGACAAAAUGGUGAGAUUACUGAAAGCAAUGAUGUCAUUUGCACUUUGAAGGAAUUCAAUGAACAUCGAAUAUCAUUGCAUGAAACUUAUAUUUCAUUUAUUCGAACUGAGCGAAAGAAAAUUGACGAAGAACUACAAGAUGUUCAUUUGAUAUCACAUGCUGAAAAAAUCGCUGACCAAGAGAAUACAAGUUCAAAAAUUGCAAAUUGUUAUGGAGAUGUUUUAAGACGAAAAGCAGAACUUUCGAAACAACGUGCUCAAAGAAAUCAAACGAUGCUUAAGCGAAUCUAUCAGAAGGAACUGAAAAUUAAAUCACAAAGGACAAUGGAAGCAGAGGUGUUGAGACAUAAAAAAGAAUUGAAUAACUUUCGAAUUACACAUAUUUUAAAUGCUGCUAUUGAUUUACAAAGAAAACGUCGUAUUGCAUUGAAAAAACAUUUGCAACAUAAAUCGGAUAUGGUUAACAAUAAUAUAAAAUUAACAAAGGAGAAAGAAAAACAAUUAGCUAAGGAAAAGGCUGAGAUUUCGUGGAUGAAGCAUUUGAAAGAAAGAAUUAUGAAGCAUGAGAAAUUCAAACAGAUAAUCAAAGAUAAUGAUAAAGACAUAAGGGACUGGGUUGCUAAUCACAUGGCUCAAUAUAAACAUAAAUGGUUUGACUUGGAACAACAGCUUAAAAACAGGUGCAGUCGUAAAAAAGGCACAAAAAAAAAGAUUCAAAAAAGAAAAAUAAUGCUAAAGAAAAUAAGAGAAUCCCUGGUUAAAACACAAAGGGAUCAUUUAAAGAGUUUAACAUCUGAAGACAUUCGUGAUGCCAUCCAUACGGCAAUCGAUAUAAAAAAUCCCCAUAAACGAAAGCAGUACGAUACAGAUGAUUAUAUUUACAAGGCAGCCAAAUAUAUUUUAGAAGAAGUUCUAGCCAAUUUCAACAAAGAUCUAAGCGACGAAAAGGACGUAGCAGAUGUGAUUUCUGCUCGUAUAAGUCGCUUGUUUACUGAAGUUAAACAAUAUGUCUUAAAGAGAGCAAUCCAUAUUAUCACAACUGAUACUACAAGUGCUGAACAGAAAAAGACGAGUUUCAACUCAGCACGAAAUCACAGGAGAUACUCUUUGGGCAAAGGGGUAUCUUUUAACAGUAUUUCGAUCCUAAUUGGAACCGGAAGUUAUGCUUUGGGUGAGGAUAUUAAAUUUACAUCCGAGAGACUUCCAACUCCAGCGGGUUCCCUGACUUCAGUUAUCAUUGACGCAGACGAUGAUGAUGAAAGUUCUGACGACACGAACGAUAAACAAAGAAAAACUCUCCAUUAUUUGUCUAGAGGUGAAAGAAUUUUCAUAGAACAUUUAUACAUAAAAUUCAAAAGGGAGCUUAUUGUUGGUGUUGGGAAGCAGGUUUUGACAGCAAUUGAAUUACACAAAAAGAAUAAGAUUCUAAAAGUGAGGAAGAAGUUACAAGACAUUGACAAGAAUUUCCUUGUGAAACUUAUGACUCGUUCAAUUCUAAGCUUUGCAGUGAAUAAUUGCAAUUUUCAUUCAUAUUCGUUACUAUGUCAAUAUUCAUUGGCAGGAGAUAUAAUAUUAUUCCUGCAGACGAAUGUACUGAAACCUAAACGUGAUCCAAGGGUUAUUGCACAGCCACAUACUAGAUGCGUUUCUGCUUUAGCACCACCAUUUUCAACAUAUUAUAAAUAAUGUUGACUAAAACUCAUGCAGAUAUUUUAUAGUACUUACAGCUUAUUGGGUAUAAUUUUAAAAAUUUUAAAACACUUGUAAUUUACACACUAAAUAACAAACGUGUAGUUUGAAAAAUUUACCAAUUCUCAAGUCACAACAAAAUAAAAUUUAAGAAGUUAUGCACUUCUGUCAGUGGUGCUGUCAGUGAAAUUGACGUUUUGUUUUUAUGUUUUGUUCGUAAUGCCCACGUGAAAAGAGAGGAACAGCGAAAAAUGGAACUGAAGUUUAUUAAACCAGAGUUCGCACUGCUCUUUGUGUUGGUAAACAAUUACUGCUUCCGUUGACAUUUUUAGUGUCGAAAAUAUAAAAUAGCUUUUUCAAGAGACUUACUUAUGUGAAUUAUAAAGUCUUAAAUCAUAAUCUACUCUACUUACUUAAACAAUGACCCUGUGUUUUUUCUGCGAAUACACGGUUGGCCGCAUCUCUUAAACCGAAAACGAAUCUCAAAUAUAAAUGCCAGAAAUUUUAGAUGAACCUUAUGAUUUAACUAUGCCAGUCCAGUCUUUAUACAAAUUUGGCAUUACCGUCUUCAACAUAUUACUUAAAAUUCUGUUGAUAUAGUUGGUAAUUGAUGUCUUGAGGGAUGCAAUAUCUCUAGGCUUAUCUUCAUUUUUCUUUUAAGAUGUGGCAAUAAACAAAAAUCGGUCGGAGAUUAAUGGGGAUUGCGUGGAGGCCAUGCAAAGUCUAAGGUUUUCGGCUCUUAACUUUAUGUUUUAAACUUAACGGAAGCAGUAAUUGUUUGCCAACACAAAGAGCAGUCCGAAUUCUGGUUUAAUAAACUUCAGUUCAAUUUUUUGCUGUUCCUCUCUUUUCACGUGCGCAUUACGAACAAAACUUAACUGUAAACUUCUUCUUCAAAACAUCGAAAUUAAAGCAGUAAACUGACACAUUUUCUAUUAACAUUGGUUUGAUUCGAUUUCCUAAACUUGUAAAAUUUUAGUUCAAAUUUGUUUUUACUAAAUACACUUACAAUCCUAAAGAAAAGGUUGUGCUUGUUCGAUUAACUUAUUUAGUAAAAACAGCUGCCAAUUGUAUAAGAAUUCAUUAUUAAUGAAAACAAUUUUUCAAAAAAAAUAUUACUUAGCUAGAUCAAAAAUGUGCACAUUUCUAUUAAAACUGCAUAAUGAAUAUAGUUUUGAUAUUAAUGCAAAAAAGUAGAAUCUCAUAAUGAAAUCAAUUUAUUUUGCCCAAUAAAAGCAAACAAAGAAACAGCCAGGGCUUUAAAGGUUUGUUUUUUAUUUUUUUGAACAAGUUGUCCAAUGAAAAACCCUAUUGACGAAAAAUUCAAUUCAAUUUUUUAUAAGACUUGCGAAAUGAUAAACUAUUCAAAAUAUAUUUUUGUUGUAAAUUUAAAUAUGUCGUUGGUGUCAAAUGUAAAUUAUUCCAAUGAAUUCAUUAUUUGAAAAUCUGCAUUUUAACAGCUUUAAAUUAUAAAUAUAUUGAUUAUUUUACCAAUAAAAAACAAUUUAAACACGGAAGUGA